ACAAUGGCCUGAGCUGCAGCCUGAGCGUGAGCUCCACCCGGUUCGCUGCGUGGCGGGCAGCCGGGCGCACGGAGCCCUCUCCCUCACGGCGCGUCGGCGUCGGGCCAUGUACUCGGGGAACCGUAGCGGCGGCCAGGGCUACUGGGAGGACGGGGCGGGCGCCGAGGGCGCAGCACCGGCCGGCACGCGGAGCCCCGCGCCUCUCUUCAGCCCCACCGCGUACGAGCGCCUGGCGCUGCUGCUCGGUUGCCUCGCGCUGCUGGGCGUCGGCGGCAACCUGCUGGUGCUGCUUCUCUACUCCAAGUUCCCGCGACUGCGCACGCCCACCCACCUCUUCCUGGUCAACCUCAGUCUGGGCGAUCUGCUGGUAUCCCUGUUCGGAGUCACCUUCACCUUCGCGUCGUGCCUGCGGAACGGCUGGGUGUGGGACGCCGUGGGCUGCGCGUGGGACGGGUUUAGCGGCAGCCUCUUUGAGAAGAGUUCCAGUCACAAAUGCAUAUGUGAUGCAUGGUAACAUUUCCCGCUAAGGUGAAAUGCAGAAAUGAAAAGGACACAUCCGUAUGAGUAUUCUCAGAUAUGAUUACAUGCACUUUAUCGUGUUUUCCAUGCUACUGACUUUUUUUUUUAAUGUUUAAAAAUUAUAAGAGUUAAAAGCUUAGGACUUACAGACUCGAUGUUUCUGAAUGAAUAUCACAAAUAAAGAUUUUAUUACAGCAUCAAUACCUCAGAAGAGCCCUCAACCUAGAUCCGUACUGUGUUCUCUCAUCAGCUGUGGCCUGAAGCUUCAGCUCCUAGGAUGGCGGACAAACUUCCCACAGAGUUUGAUGUGGUUAUAAUAGGGACUGGUUUGCCUGAGUCCAUCCUGGCAGCUGCAUGUUCAAGAAGUGGACAGAGAGUUCUGCACGUUGACUCAAGGAGUUACUAUGGAGGGAAUUGGGCGAGUUUCAGCUUUACAGGUUUGCUGUCGUGGCUGAAGGACUAUCAACAGAACCAUGACAGCGAGGGAGACGUGACUGGCACAUGGCAAGACCUGAUCGAUGAAACCGAAGAAGCCAUCGCUCUUUGCAAGAAGGACGAAACUAUUCAGCACACGGAAGUCUUCUGUUAUGCUAGUCAAGAUGUGGAAGAUAGCAUGCAAGAGACCGACCCUCUGCAGAAAAGUCCCUCCCCAGAGGCAUCUGCUACUCCGGCGGACUCUCUGGAUACUGCAAGCUUGCCCAAAGAAAGGCACUCAGAAGACUGUACAAGCUACGAGGCGCCUUCUAGACGUACAGAGGGAAGUGAUGGAGCAGUUUCACUCUCCUCCGCUGAUGCACAGGACUCACUGGAGAAAGAAAAGUUCUGUGGAGAUGAAACCGGGAUGCACACAGUUUCAGAUGGAGAAGAAGGUGAACACAAACUUGCUGCAGAAGACAACGUAGGACAACCAAAGAGAAAUACGAUUACUUACUCGCAGAUGGUCAAGGAGAGCCGGACAUUCAACAUUGACUUGGUAUCAAAGCUGCUGUAUUCUCAAGGCUCACUGAUCGAUCUUCUAAUCAAAUCAAACGUUAGUCGUUAUGCAGAGUUUAAGAAUGUUACUAGGAUCCUUGCAUUUCGGGAAGGGAAGGUAGAACAGGUGCCUUGCUCCAGAGCAGAUGUGUUUAACAGUAAAGAGCUCACUAUGGUUGAGAAGAGAAUGCUAAUGAAGUUUCUCACGUUCUGUUUAGACUACGAGCAACAUUCAGAUGAAUACCAAGAUUUCAAACAAUGUUCAUUUUCUGACUACUUAAAAACUAAAAAGCUAACGCCUAACCUCCAACACUUCAUACUCCACUCAAUUGCAAUGUCGUCAGACUCAUCCUGCACUACAUUAGAUGGCCUUCAAGCAACAAAGAACUUCCUUCGGUGUCUUGGACGGUUUGGCAACACUCCCUUUAUAUUCCCUUUAUACGGCCAAGGAGAAAUUCCCCAGUGUUUCUGCAGGAUGUGCGCAGUUUUUGGUGGAGUCUAUUGCCUUCGCCAUAAGGUACAAUGUCUUGUAGUUGACAGAGACUCUGGAAGAUGUAAAGGAAUCAUAGAUGGCUUUGGGCAGAGAAUAAGUGCCAACUAUUUUAUCGUGGAGGACAGUUACCUUUCUAAGGAAAUGUGUUCAAACAUUCAGUAUAAGCAGAUCUCAAGGGCAGUGCUUAUCACAGAUCAGUCCAUCCUGAAGACUGAUUCAGACCAGCAGAUUUCCAUUUUGGUAGUGCCUCCUCUGGAGCCGGGAACUGCUUCGGUUCGGGUCAUGGAAUUAUGUUCCUCAACCAUGACAUGCAUGAAGGACAGCUAUCUGGUCCACUUGACCUGUUUCUCUUCAAAAACAGCCCGAGAAGACUUGGAACCCGUGGUGAAGCAGUUAUUCAUCCCUUUUGCAGAAGCAGAAGCAGACAAAGAGGAACUCAGAAAACCAAGACUUUUGUGGGCCCUUUAUUUUAAUAUGAGAGAUUCCUCAGGGGUGAGCCGAAGCUCAUACUGUAGCUUACCUUCCAAUGUAUACAUCUGCUCUGGUCCUGACUGUGGACUGGGGAAUGAGCAUGCAGUCAAGCAAGCGGAAACACUGUUCCAGGAGAUCUUUCCCAGUGAAGAGUUCUGCCCUCCUCCACCAAACCCUGAAGACAUUAUCUUUGAAGCGGAGGGUUAGCAACCAGACACUCCUGGAUAGCAAUACACUUACCACUAAGCUAGAUACCCCAAGGACAGCAAGAACUUUUAAAACCUAGAGCACCUUCAAAAACAAAAGAAAACACUGGCAAUGCCUCAAAACAUUGUCGCAUGAAGGAUACCCACCACCAGAGUGAGCCACAACUGUGUAAGAAGCACUGUUCACGUGUCUUCAGAACUGAGAUUGUCAUGUUACUGUUAACCUUUCAACAACUGAGUUGUUGGUGAAUUGGCUCUUUUGUUUCAGAAUUGGCUACAGCAAUUCAGAAUCUUUGAAGGCCGUUCACUUUUAUUUUACUUCUGGGUCCCUCGUUAGCACCUCUGCUGACCUUUAGGUAAUAUCUCGCUUGCUCCUGUGUUUAGGUUUUAUCUUUUUUUUUUUUUACACUAAAUUACUGUCCAAGGACUAUUUUAGCUACUCCCGCAGCUACUACUGUUGCUACCACCUCAGAUACGUAGAGGGACACGUAAGUCAUAGACUGGGAGAGUUUCUUGAUUACAGGAACACAUGGAGAUGGUAGUAGGAGUAGCAGCUAAUUCAGAUGCCAUGUGGUAAGACACAACUGUCAGAAGCUUAGCUGUGCGUGCCACUGUGUCGUGGGUUUAACACUUACAUGUGAACUCACCUGCUUGACCAUUGGAACUCAGGAGGCAGUAAGACUUCCCUAGCCUUCUACCUUCUAAGAAGUGUACCGCUUAGUAGUCUAAGAAGCUCAUAUUUAAGAUACAUCCCAAUCUGGGCAUGGUGGCCCACUCAUGUAAUCCUGUCAUUCAGACUGCUGAGACAGGAGGAUCACCGUAACCUAGGCCAGUCCGGGCUCCAGUGAGCUGGGAAGGAGCACAGCAUGCUAAUAGACCACAGUGUGCUCUGAGUAUACUCUUACUCCUCCUUAGUGAGGAAAGCAAGAAAAGAUUCACAUGACUGACAGCAUGCUCAGAGUAGACAGCCGCUGAUUGGUCUCAGUGUUUGUUUUUUAGUAAAGCAAUAAUAUUGGGUAAAUCUUAAGGUUUUAAUUAAUUAAUUAAUUAAUUAAUAUUGGGUAGAUCUUAAGGUUUAAAUCUAGCAGAACAACUGAAAUGCCUAAAAUGUCCUAAAACAGCAAUUAACAACAAUUCUGAGAGAGGCCGAUUGGAAGUGAGAGUAAUUCAGACCCACUUUAUAAAGUUUGUCAGAACCACAGUCUGCUCCAGAGACAUUUAGAAGGCAUAACUGCAAAGGGUAGACAGACAUUUCAAAAGACAGAACUGAAUGUAAUGGAAAUGGAACUAAAGAUUAGACUUGGCCAAAGCACUGUUUGUUUGUUUGUUUGUUUGUUUUUAACUAAGGAAGCAAAUAUAUUACUUUAAGUCAUCACAAAAUAAUAAGUUGGAAGUGAGACAAACAAGUGAAAAGUAUUUAAAACUAUUGUGGAUAUUGUCUAAUUUUCUAACAAGUUAGAAUGUAGAAUUGUAGUUUUUAGAUGUUUAAGAAAUAAAUCAUAAAUGCUGCUUUUCAUCAGUUCUAUUUUGACUCAAUGAGGGCUUCAUUCUAAAAGUCAAACAAAGCCCCUCCUUCCGGGUAGGCGGGAGCUGCAGAGUUCAGUGUUGGCAAAGAGCUAACAGCAAACAGAAACUAUACUUACAGUGACUCAGGAUCCGAGGGCUUGUGUCCAGUAGAGUAGCCACGCAUCUGGAGGAGCAGAACAAGUGGUAAGAGCCCUUACUAACUGCACUAACCAGAAACUUGCUCACAUUUGCUUUAGUUAUGUUUGCUCAUGGUUUUGUAGGCUGUUCAUAAUACGACGAGCAACAAUGUAAAACUUAAAUUUAUAUUUGGAAAGCAUGUAGGAACCAUUUCUCAAGCAGAAACAAGGCCUUGUUACUAUUUCUAUCUGAAUAUGGCUGAAAGAAUUGUUACUGGAAUAAAAAUGCAAAGUAAAGAUGCACAAAGAAACCAGUGCUGAUAUAUUACAUUUCCAUGGCUUUUUAAUGUAUAGCAUCAUAGAAAUAUACUACACACAAAAGAUAUUUCACAAGUAACAAGAUACAUAGCUUUUUUUAAACUCGAGAUUCCAACAGUGAUGGAAUUUUAAAAAGCACAUAUGUGUGUAUAUAUAUAUAUAUAUAUAUAUAUAUAUAUAUAUAUAUAUAUAUGUAGCUAUAUUAGAAUACUUUAAGAAACACACUAAAAUAGAAGGUUUAAUGAAGGAGCUAAAUUUAAAAUAUGAGUAUGGGAAUGAGAGCUGUUUUGGCUCAAAGGAAAUGCUAUAAACACAGGGAAACCUUACACAAUUCACUACUAGUUGUCUGAUCUCUAGGCAAUCACUUUUAGCUUCCAUUUACCAUCUAUCAAGUGGAAAUACUACCUAACAGAAUUAUUGUGAAGACCAAGUUGGAUAAUGCAUAAGAACUCAUAUCUAAGGUAAUGCUAGCAUGUGACAUUUUAUGUAAAUGGUAUUUAUUAUAAUGUCAUUUGUUACGCCAAGCGUAUGCUCUAUGUAAUUUGAGAGAAUUGUUAUAAAUUAUCUAGGAAAAUAAGCUGGGAAAGCCACCUUCAACUUGAGAGGGAAAAUACAGAGCUUUGCCCUUCAAGUCCUUAAGGCAUGAUAUUGAACAACCAAUCUAAACACUCUGUGGUGCUGAGUUCAAGAAGGUUAAGAUAGUCAGCUCUCUGGAGGGAAGCUUUUAGACACUACCCAGAGGAAGCCCACAUCAGUAUGGAGAUAAGUAUUAGGCUUCCUUUUCAUCAGGUAAUGCCGUUUAUUUGUAAAUGAAACUGUUAAGCAUAAAGUAAGAAGACUACGAUUUUUACCCCAGUAAUGGUGCCCAGGCAUGUUCGGGCAGUAAACAUUGACAGUGGAAUAAAAAAGCUGUCUCUAUUAUGUGGGUGUUUUUUAUUUUUAUUUAAGUUUAGUUGUUUGAGACAGGGUUUCUCUGUGCAGCCCUGGCUGCCCUGGAACUUGCUCUGUAGACCAGGCUGGCCUCAAACUCAGAGGCUGCCUGCCUCCGCCUCCCAAGUGCUGGGGGAUUCAAGACUUGUAUGCGCCUGACUUGUUUUUCUUUCUUUCUUUUUUUUUUUUUUCUUUUCUUUUUUUUUCUUCAGAGCUGGGGACCGAACCCAGGGCCUUGCGCUCGCUAGGCAAGCGCUCUACCGCUGAGCUAAAUCCCCAACCCCCUGCCUGACUUGUUUUUAUUAUUAUUUUUUUAAGUAGGUGCACAUUCUUCAGGCUUCCUACUCUUCUUGUGCACAGUAUAAAGUGAUAGGUUGAAAAUGAGAAAAAAAAGGAGUAAAACGAAUUUCUUUGAUCCUCAAAUUGAUUCUCAUUAAAAUAGAGAUUGAAGCAAUGUUGACUGGGUUCCUACUAUUUUUAAAUCUGCACGAGUCUUCAUACAGUAGCAUCAUGUAUUCAUGGUCAUUUUGAAGAACUACUUAGAUUAACCUGACCUCUAUAAUGGAUAUUUUUGACAUCACUUUGAGUAGUACAUGCCCAGGAAAAUACUCAGAAUGAACAAGUGAAUAAAUAAAGCUCCUUCUAAACAUAUGUCCUAGCAAUUCCAUUUAUAUGUUUUUUUUAAAGCCUGCUGACUAAGAAUUGGAUAAGGUUUGCUAUAUUGCUAGUGCUGUUGUGAGCUUAUAGAGUUAAGUGGCAUAUGUCAGAUUGUAUGUAAACAUGUCUGAGGACCAAAAAGAUGUCAGUUUACACCAGAAAUUAUUGGCUGCUGGUUACGUUUGUGUAAAAAUUUAGACCUCUACACUGGAAAUAAUCAGAAGGCAUGUAACCGCAGGUUAAUAUAUGAUGAUCUCAUUGUUUCUGUAAUUAAUGUCUAGAACUAAAAUAAAAGAUUAAUUGGUGAAAUGAUUUGCUUACUUGAUGAAAAAUACUGGCAAUAUCUUGGAAACAUGUAAAUUUGCUUUAAAUUAAAAACAUACAUUUCUGUUAGAGUAAAAGGUUAUUUCCAAA